AGUUUUUUGGACAAACAAAAACCAAGCAAGCGAGCUGCAAAAAGUAAUUUUUCUUCUCGAGCAUAAAAUAGUUCUAAAACAUCUUUCAUUGUAUUGUAUUGAAUAAAGUGUCUUACCGUAUUAUAUUUAAAAUGUUAGCUUAAAAAAGGGUACUGUGUUUCAUAAUGAGCAACAAUUUAGAAAAUGAAAGAUCUGUUACAAGUGGAAAAAUGUAUCCAAUUGAUUUAGCGCCACAAAAGAUUACUAUCGUGAAAAGUGUUUCUAAUGCAGAGGUUAAAAUGGCUCAUCUAAUUCCGGGGCAACCAAAAACCUCAAGUUCUGGUCAAAUUAUAGCCCAUACUGGCCCUGUAAGUCUAAUGCGUCCAGCUGCUCAAAUUAUUUCGCCAACAGGCGCUUCUCAGCCUCAAAUGAUAGUGAGUGGAUCACCGAUAUUGCAGGGAAGCCAAGGUUCGCAACUGUUGAGUCAGAGCACACAAAUUAUAUCUCAGUCUCAGUUAAUUAGUCCGAGUGGCCAAAUACUGAGUCCUGCUACACAAAUAAUAAGCCAAGGAUCACAGUUAUCUGCUCAAGUAUCUAAUAACAAUACAGGUACAAACAAUGUUCAGACAAGUGUAUCUUCAUCAAGUGGGACACAGAUGCUAAAUGUUGGUGGUCAGCUUGUCGGAGGCAGUGGUAAUUUGGUAGUUAGUUCAUCUGUGAGGACAUUGCCACCUAGUGUUAGAGUAUUAUCUCCUUUACCACACCAUAACACGAGACCGGUACUAUCAACUGUGAAUGUGAGCAGUUCUAGUGGAGUCCUAGUGAGCAAGACCAUUAGUAUGACAAGUCAUGUACCCCGUGGCUUAGCUGCAGGUGCAUCUCUUGCUGUCAGACCAGUCGCACCAACUGCUUCUCAAGGAGUUGGAAGUCAAGGUGCCUGGUCAAGCAGCACUAGAGGACCUCGAGGUGCUUUAGUAUAUGGAGCUCGUGCGACCACACCCCGUGCUGGGAGCAGGCCUGUUACUCCUACAGGACUCUCAACAACCCUGGCCCAGCCAGUUCCAGUUCAACCCUCUUUGCAAACAUCGCAAACUUCUCAUAAUAUUGUGUCAUUGUCCAGCGCAACUGUUCUCACUUCCAGUGGAGUCAUAUCCAGUUCAGUAAGAAGCCCAACUCCACGUUUGCAAGCUCCAGCAACUUCCUUGGCAUCUGCUCCACGCCCUUUGCCACUUUUGCAGAGAAAUUAUCAGCCUAAGGUACUAGGAGUUGCGAACGUGGGUGUACGCGGCGUGGUUGGUAACAGCGCGCCCGCUCAGUUGUACUACGAAGUGCCGCGCGCCGCCGCGCCUCACACGAUACCGCAGCGAUCGCUCGCGCCCUUCGCGCACGCGCCGCAACCGCAACCGCAGCCGCAACAACCACUAGCGCCGCAACCGCAACCACAACCGCAGCCGCAACCACAACAGACACCACAGCCGCAGCCGACACAAGUGAAUACCGUUCCAGUUGUAGCAGAAGUUAGAGCUCCGUCAAGUACUGUUCAAACUGCCCCAGUGGUACCACGGCCGUCGAUACUAAGAAAACGAGACAUUGAAGUGUCUCCAACAAAGGUGACAACAGUGGCCUCAGUUGUCGGUCCACCGUUAGUUCCUGUGAGCACUACUUACCGCGAUAAUACCGGGUGGGAGGACGUACCAGGUGGGGGCGGAGGCCCGGGUUCCGGGGGCUCCACGACUAUUUCUGCGUCGUCGUCACCCGCACCUGACGAUGAAACAGAUCCGCCACGAACUGAGGACGUUUCGCCUAGAAAGAAGCCUAGGAAACAAAUGUUGACUAAUGAAUUAAGACAAUGUGAAUACACACCAGAAGAAACUCCCCCGACUCCGUCACCAGUGACUGUAAACCCUCCUCCAAAACGUCCAUUACUAAGUUCGAGUUACGUGUGCGGGUGGCGUAGUACCGCGCUUCACUUCACGCGACCGUCGGACGUGAGGCGUAGAGAGCCCCGCGCUAAAGACAUAUUAGCUAUUGCCAGCCAGAAACAUGUUCUCACCAGUGCCGAGGGGUGGAAGGUGCACCAUAUCACCGCACAAAUGGACGACUUGGUAUCAUUAGAAGCUGACGUAGGGGAACAAUUAGCAAGUCUGUUGCGGGCGCUGGAAACUGCUUCUGGUCGUGCGAUCGCGGCUCUACAACCGCACUCUCAUACAAUGCUAGAGUUACUCAAGGGUAAUAUACAAAGAAGCAAGAUAGUGUGUGAAGGUAUUCAAGAAGCACGGGAAGAUAUACUUAGAGUUUUCACUCAUAGAAAUUUUGUGUCUGAAAUUUUAACACGACAAGCCGACAAAAGAUGUUUCAGGAAACAUCGGUCGCAGUCAUAGCAUAACAUUUUUAAAUAUAAAACACAUUGUAAAUACCAUAGGUAAUGUGUACCUUUUUGGAAUAGGAAAGAGUAUUUAUAUUAGUUGAAGUGUCUUCAUUUUGUUUUGUGUCUUAGACUUGAAUAAUAAAUAUAUUUCAUA